AUGGUACACUAUCUUAACGAAAUUAAUUCAUCAAAUGGAAAUCAUGGUUUUGAAGUCUGCACCAAUGGAAAUCAUAGUUUUGUGGGCUGUGCUAGCUACAACUGGACUGUUGACACAAUUCCACCAACAGCAUAUGUUACAGCCUCAACAACUUUCACAAGUUCUUCAAAUGUUUCGGUAAAUAUAUCUUUCACCGAACCGUGUAUAGGUGAAGGUUUUGGAUGCAAGUCUGUGAAUGCCUGCAAUCUUCUUGUCUAUGGUGCUGGCCAGGUUGUACCAUCUUCCUUUAGAGUUCUGAAGCCAAACCUCAUGUAUUCUCUUCUUGUUAGUUUAUCUCCUACCGUUCAAUACGGCCGAGCAAUCCUGGUAAUGGAUAGGAGUUUCUGUACUGACAUAGCUGGUAACAGCUUUACAAGAAUGGCGAAUUCGAGUGUUCAUCUACAUAUUGACAGAAGAAAGGUUUAUGUCAACAUCAGGACUCGUGUACCUGAAAAGCUACUUCGAAUUAACAGUGAAACUAGAACAAUUCAGGCAACUAAUGACCUUAACAAGCUAAAGGUGUAUUUGUACUUCUCGUCUCCAAUUGUAAAUUCAUCUAUGCAAGUUAUGAGUUCUCUCAACAUUAGUCGUGGUUCACUCGUUCCAACUAGUGCAGAAAAUCUUGGAAAUCGUAGAUUCGGAUUCAUGGUUCUUCACUGUGCCAUCAGGAGAGAAUUUUUCGAUUUGGCGCUUAUAAUUAUAGAUAAAUAUCCGGAUCUUAUUGUCAUUGCGAACAGACAUGGAUUUAGUCCUCUCAAACUUCUUGCUACUAGGCCCUCAGCAUUCAAAAGUGGAUGCAAGAUGAUAUGGUGGAAGAGGAUUCUAUACCACUGUAUACCUGUGGGAAUCCUGAAUGUGGAAGAAGCUGUCAAAUAUUGUGCCAUGAAACAAUAUGAAUCAAGCUCACACAAGAAAUGUCCAAAGAACUAUGACACAUGUUAUCUCUUUCUUCAAAAAUGUAAAGAGUAUGCUUAUCCACUUAUACCCUUUGUUAAGCGAGUGCUGAUGAAAGAAACUACUUCUACUGCUGCAUAUGGAUCUAAAAAUAUUGAAGAGAAACACAAAGUGUUCCAAAAUUAUCAACAUCGCAAUAUAUCAAUGCAAUCUAAACACAAACUUCUUCCAGAAAACUAUGCUACAUGUCUUUGGUUUAUCAAGUUUGCAUAUAUCUAUACCCUUGGCCUUUCAGGAGUAGGGGUUGAAGAAAUCAAAAAGAUGAAACAAAAACACAAAUGGAGUGGUCAACUAUUGAACAGAUUUAUGGAGAACGCUUACGAAUCGUAUUUGGGAACCGGCACCAAACCAAUACAAUAUCUGAGUGGAACAGAUUUCAUUUCUGCUUACAAGCCAAACCAAGGAGAAAAUAACAGUGAGGAAUGUGAACAUAUAAUCCGUAUAGCCAAGCCUGGUAUGAGUAAGUCUUCUGUUGUUGAUAGUGAAACAGGAAAGAGUUUUGACAGCAGUUUUGUAAUGCAGGUACAAGAAGAAGCGCAAAAUGGACAAGUAGAAUUGGAAAAACAUGUCAUCACAAAGACAUUGACUAAGCCAUCUGAGGCAUAUUAUGAUGCCAAAAACCUGCCACAUGUUCUUGUGAGUACAAAAAUAUGUUUUGUGUGA